AUGAAUGUAAGAUCAACUUUCUUUCUUUCCUUAGAUGUGUCAAAAACGGCGUACCAAUCUGAGCUUGGAGGAGAUUCCUCUCCACUCGAGAGGAAAUCUGGAAGAGGGAAGAUCGAAAUCAAACGGAUCGAAAACACAACGAAUCGUCAAGUUACUUUCUGUAAACGUAGAAAUGGUUUGCUCAAGAAAGCUUAUGAACUCUCUGUUCUUUGUGAUGCUGAAGUCGCACUCAUCGUUUUCUCUAGCCGUGGUCGUCUCUAUGAGUACUCAAACAACAGUGUAAAAGGGACAAUUGAGAGGUACAAGAAGGCAAUAUCGGACAAUUCUAACACCGGAUCAGUGGCAGAAAUUAAUGCGCAGUAUUAUCAACAAGAAUCGGCCAAAUUGCGUCAACAAAUUAUCAGCAUACAAAACUCGAACAGGCAACUGAUGGGUGAGACGAUAGGGUCAAUGUCUCCUAAAGAGCUUAGGAAUUUGGAAGGCAGAUUAGAGAGAGGUAUUAACCGAAUCCGAUCCAAGAAGAGUGAGCUCUUAUUCGCCGAAAUCGACUACAUGCAGAAGAGAGAAGUUGAUUUGCAUAACGAUAAUCAGCUUCUUCGUGCUAAGAUAGCUGAAAAUGAGAGGAACAACCCGGGUAUGAAUCUGAUGCCAGGAGGAUCUAACUUCGAGCAGAUUAUGCCACCGCCUCAAACGCAAUCUCAACCGUUUGAUUCGCGGAAUUAUUUCCAAGUCGCGGCAUUGCAACCUAACAAUCACCAUUACUCAUCCAUGGGCCGCCAAGACCAAACCGCUCUUCAGUUAGUGUAA